AUGCCGGACGGCGAUGCUACAUCGGUCGCCGGCGAGUUCGGCAGUGGCAGCUCCGCCACUUCCUCCUCACGAAGCCUCGCGUGGUCCCUCACCGCCUUCCACACCCUCGUCGUCGUCUUCGCCGACCGCAAACCCGGUACGGGUCCGACCGAACCGACCCGGUACUUCGACUCGACCGUUGCGGAGUGGGGUCUGGUCGGAGGGGAGAAGUACAAGGUUGGGCUGUCUCAGUCGGCGUUUUUCGCCGGGUCCAUGAUCGGUGAGUUAUGGUUGAUAUUUUUUCCCCCCCACAGUUUGCGCCUCGCAUCUUGGCCACUCUCCGACUCGUUCCUUCGCCGGAAAGGAGCCGUAACCCUAACCUCCUCCAUAAACGACGUUUCCGGACUCGCCACCGCCUUCUCCCCCGCCUUCCCUUCUACGCGCCUCCGCUUCGUCACCGCUCUCCACGGCGGCCUCGGUGUGUCCGUCUUCACUCUCACCACGAAACGUCGGCUCCUCCGCUCGUCCUGCCACGUUGCGAUGUGCACCUUCCUCUUCUUCGCCUUGGGCUCCAUCCUCCUCUCUUUGGCCUCUCUUUCUACACCAUCUUGGAGAUCCCUAUACAUAAUAUCCUCGGUCCCUUCUGUUAUAUUCGUCAUCGUCGUUGUGCCUUUCAUCGCCGAAUCCCCACGCUGGCACCUCGUACACGGGGAUGUCACCGCCGCGAUGGCGACCAUGCGAUCGAUCGCCAAGACGAACGGUAAAGACCUGCCCGAUAACGUUUUCCUCGCCCUCGACGACCGUAAGGCGGCCCAGGAAAACAAGAAGGAUGCCGCCAGGAGCACGAUCAUCGACGUGAUCAGGUCGCAGGUGACAGGGCCCCGCUCGCCUCUCUCGUCGUCAUCAACCUUUCAUUCCAUCGCGUACUACGGCCUGACGGCUGAAUGUCAGAACUUGCGGCACGGACCUGCACAUAGCGUUGAUCUGAACGCAGCCGCGGAAAUGCCGCCUACGCCCUGA